AUGUCGAGCGCGGCGCCGUACUCUGGCGGCAGCGGCAGUGGCAGCGCAGGAGGAGGCAAUCUGGACGCCCGACAACAGCAACAGCAGCAACAGCAGCAGCAUCAGGCGCGACGACGGCGGUCGAACGACCUGCGCGGGGACAUGCUCACCAAGCACAAAGAGUUUCUCAAGAAGAUGACGAUGGGCGACACGGGCCUUCCCGCCAGCAUCCCCGUCGCAGACGCCAUCUCGGCAGCAGAGCUCGAGGCUGAAGCGCUCUACAUUGCCGCAGAAGUAUCGACGCUCUCAGGUGUGCUGCCAGACGCGUACAAUGACACGCUCAACUCGCAUCGAGCAGGCUCAUCAUCAUCAUCAUCCUCGUCUUCUUCAUCCGCGUCCUCAUCCUCGUCGUCGCGGGACAGUCGCAAGCACCAGUCCAUGUACACUCCGCCAGUGGCGUCGAUCGAGCAGGUUGCUGUUGAUCGUCCUGCAGGGAGGUCUUCAAGUAUGAUUGGUGCCGUUGGACCGGCGUUCAAUUCGCUGCCGGCAGGAUUCCGACCGAGCUCAUCCUUCCCUGGAAGUUCGGCUCCGUUCAGCAGGUCGAACAGCAAUUCAACCAGCUUGGAAACGUUCGGCAACUCGCCGCUCCCAGGAACGCCAGAGGUCGGUGAAAGCCCGCGCGCCUCGUUCACCUCGAUCUCUAGCGUCCAGCUCGAGCCGUCGCACUGGAUUGUGAAUGCCAGCACGUUCCCGAGUCUAAGCCGGCUAGUCGUGGAUCAGCUCGAGCAAGCCGACCUGUCGCAGUUCAAACUAGAAGAUUCGAAGAACGACAACAUGUUAGACGGCCGAGCGAUCGCGCGCUGGGUUGUAGAUAGUAUUGAAAAUGCCCUCAAAGCCAGCGAGCCCUCUUCGCGUCGCGGCUCCAUUCCAUUACCACCCUUCAAGUUUGACACGCAUUCUUUUGCGGCUCAGGGCAAACGGUCGACCAUGGAGGAUCGUCAUGUCGUGAUUGAAGAUCUUAACACACUAAUGGGCUUGGAUACCCACCCAAUGCAAGCCUACUUUGCCGUGUACGACGGACACGGUGGUGUCGAUGCGGCUGCAUAUGCAAAAAAUCACGUUCAUGUCCAAAUUGUUCGAGAUGCCGCGUUUGCUGCCAAGCCCGAAGACGCUGUCAAGAGUGGCUUUGAGCGCACCGACGCGCUGUUUCUUGAGCGAGCCAAUCGCGAGAACUGGUCCAGUGGUGCCACAUGCGUGGGCGCCUUGGUUCGGGGGACCGAUCUCUAUGUCGGCUGGCUGGGAGACUCGCAGGCUGUGCUCGCACGCAACGGCGCCGGGAUUUUGCUGACAAAACCGCACAAACCCAACGACGAGGCUGAAAAGGCUCGCAUUGAAGAAUCCGGUGGCAUGGUCUUGUUUUACGGCGGAUGGCGUGUUAACGGCACGUUGGCGGUCGCCAGAGCCAUUGGCGACAAGCAACUGAAGGAGCACGUCAUUGGCACUCCAGAUGUUGUGCACGAGGUUCUUCAGCCCGGUCGCGACGAAUUCCUCAUCCUGGCGUGCGACGGACUGUGGGACGUGAUGGAUGCCAACGGCGCCGUCCAUUUUGUCAGCGAGUAUCGCGCUCGAACGGGCUUUGGCGAUGGUGUUGCCGAGGCUCUGGUGGAAAAGGCUUUGCAGCUCGGCUCGACCGACAAUGUCUCGAUUGUUGUUGUGUUUUUCGACACGCCGACGCAACGCGCCGCCUCCCUGAGUUCGCUGAACAAGGAACCUGCACGACAUGCGCAAGUGACUCAAGCCAUGAAUAUGUAA